AUGCUACCAGUUCAGCGUCGUCGUGGUUCGGCUGGCAGAAUGACAGUCGCUCGACGCGUUCCGCUAGCUCGUCGGAUCUCGUCAGCUCAACGUUUUCUGAUCCUGGCUUACGCGAUAGCCCUACUGCACGCUGUGAAUGCAGUAGACGAGCGCAUUCACCACCGCGAUGCCCUUUCACGAGCCAUCAUAGAUGCUUUCCCUGACGUUCCCACUCUCAUCGAUUUUGGGUUCCCUGACCAUCUGUGCGGGACAUGGCACCACAGCUACACACGCAUGCACCAGCAAAUCCGGGCAGCCAGCAAAAAUCCCUCCUCUGCUCCCCCGCCCGACACGCCGCCUGUGAAAUUUCUCACCUUUGAUGGCCUCCGCCACUGUGACAGCCUCGGGGAGACCCUCAUGGGGCUGACGUCAGCAUUCACUGUAGCUCUCCUCACUAACAGGGCCUUCGUUAUAAAGCACCCGUGCAUUCCCAUGGCUUUUGAGCCGGCGUUGAUCGACUGGCAACCUACAGAGGACGUGGGAUUUGAGCCGGUCAGAAACGAAACUUUUCCGAUGGACCCUCCUGACCGGGUGGUCACGCCGCCAAUAGGAGCAAGCGAUAUAGUAGAGAUCAACCUGGAAAUGCAUCCCGAGGCGCACCCGGAAAAGGUGUUUCCGAAGGUGGAAGCUGCGAGGAACCUUCGUGUGGUGUGGAAUAAGGACCUUCUGGUACAUAUGCUGAAGGGGGCGAAUGGGUCGGUGUGGGGGGAGAGACUCAGGAGCAUGGGCGUGCGAAUCCCAUACGCUUUCGGGUGCUUCGUUCGGUACUUGUUGAGGCCCAAGCCGGAGGUGUGGCACAGGAUGCAGCCGUUUGAGAAGCAGCUGAGGGGGGAGAAGGUGGUGAGCAUCGGCAUGCACGUGCGGCAGUUUGGCCGCGGCGUUCCCCCGCCCAACACCACCGUCAGCCCGGAGGAAGUCAAGCAGAGCAUGGACGACGUCGUGUGGCCCGCCAUUGAGUGCGCCAAGAAUUUGGAGAACUGGUGGUACCCUCCCACUCUUGACGUCAAGUGGCUCGUUAUUAGCGACUCGUUGCAACUCAAACAAGAGGCUACCAAAGUGAACAAUUCCAAGAUCGUGAUCACUGAAUUCGAACCAUGGGUCCCACCUUCCCUCCUCAGCAUCAGCCAGAGCCCCCCUCCCCCGUCCCCUCCCCCACCUGCACCCGCAGCCCCUCCCUCUUCCGACCCAUCAUCACUUCUACCACCCCUGACGGACCCCCCCUCCCUCCCAUCCCCUCUGUUCAAACCUUCCAAGAGACAGUCACCGAAUGGCUUCUCCUCUCCUCGUGCAACUCGUUUAUUGUUUCGGGCUCCGCAUUUGGCCGCACGGCAGCUAUGUAUUCAAUGCACCCCAUGA